AUGGCCGACCCUGCCCAACUAAUACAGCAAGCCCAAAAGAAGGCCCAGCCCAGCUCGGGGUUCUUCAAGCUGUUCGGCGCCUCUGACUCGUACCGGUACGAGGAGGCCGCAGACCUCUACGUCGAGGCCGCAAACCUCUACCGCCUGCGCAAAGAACUGCCUGCUGCCGGUGACACCUUCGUGGAAGCUGCGCAAUGCCAGGUACGCGCGGGCAACGACGACGAGGCUGGUAACACGUACGUCGAGGCGUUCAAAGCAUUCAAAGCUGGUGGUGUAGCCACCAAGGCCUGCGAGGCGCUUUCCCACGCCAUCGACAUCUUCACACGCCGCGGCCAGUUCCGUCGCGGUGCCAAUUUCAAGUUUGAGCUCGCAGAGAUGCUGGAUCAGGAUUUACACGACUACCCUGCGGCCAUUGCCGCCUACGAAACCGCCGCAGAUUGGUACGUGCAGGACCAGGCUGUCGCGCUCGCCAACAAGGCCUACCUCAAGUGUGCCGACUUGCAAGCUCUCGACGGCCGCUACAUAGAUGCCUGUGGUCUCUACCGGAAAGUCAUCGCCAACUCUCUUGGCAACCGCCUGAGCCAAUGGUCUUUGAAAGAGUACUACCUCAAACUCGUGCUGUGCUACCUGGCAGCUGACGAUCAAGUGGCUGCUCAGCGUGCAGUCUCGGAGGCUGUCGCUGACGACCCCAAUUUUGCGACUUCCCGUGAGCACGAUCUCCUAACCGUUCUGCUGGAUUGCUGUGCCGAGGGUGACACGGAGCGCCUCAGUGCCAAAGUUUACGAGUUUGACAAGUUCUCGAAGCUUGACAAGUGGAAGACCACUGUGCUGCUGAAAAUCAAGGAUUCUAUUGCAUCUGCGGACGAUGACCUUUUGUAA